AUGGCCUCCCUAGUGUCUUCCGUGCGGACGCGGGUCCCUAGGGUUGCCGCAUAUGCGCUCCGAACAUCCUCGAGGUCUCUAUCCGCCUCCACCCAUCUCCUGCGACAAGGCCCCGGAACCGGCGAGAACUUCGAGCAAGCCAAUGACCCCACGCCACGAAAGCUGACUCCCAAUGUCUCCAAGACGAAUGAGACACCGGUCGAUGCAGUGGGCAGCCAGGACGCGCCACUACAAGAGCUGGCCGAAGCCGCGGAACAACAGAGACAACUGCAGGCCCCCAACAGAGCAAAGCCAUGGUCAAGAAGCCAGCAGCCCAGGGAGCUUGCAAUGACAGGACCCAGAUUCGAACAGACUAUCUUCGAACUUCAGCCGCAACCGUACGCCGCGAUUGAUCUGAUCCACAAGCAACCUGUGCGAUGGGUCGACGGGAGGAGCGUUGCCUGCGAUGGUGGUGGAGGUCCGCUGGGCCAUCCCAGGAUCUUCAUCAACGUGGACAAGCCGGAGAUUUGUUGGUGCACAUACUGCGGGCUCCCAUAUGCCAAAAAGGAGCACAAGAAGCAUCUCGAAUCGUUACCGUCGACCUCGUAUCCUCUUGCACCGAAAGGCGAUGCUGCGGAGGUCAACCUGCCAACCACGCCUACUAUGAAGGGUGAAGUGCAGGGUCAUUAUGCACACUUGAAGGGCGAGCACGAGGCAGAGGCUGUUGACAAUCAACCGUUGCAGCAGAGAUGA